GAAGGCGAGAAGAUGCAGAGCGAAUGGAGCCGCCGCCUGAGGCGGGAGGUGACCGGCCCGAAGCCGCAGUCCAUCGCCAUCAGGGCCAAAUUCCCACAAGCAGUUGGCCCCGGCCACAAGAUCCAGGCCUGGAGGGCACAAGAUAAGGUCCGCCAUGAAGCCUCAGUUUAUGUGAAGGGCCACCUCCUGGGCCGCCAGAUCAACGAAAGAGAUGAACUGAAUGAACGCAAACAGCUUCACCGGCUGGUGCAGAAGAAGGUGAACGCUGAAAUGCAAGGGUUCCUGGCGGAGGCUGAAGAAAGGAGAGAGAGGCUUCGAGAUCUCCUGGAAAAGGAGGAAAGGGGUUACAUUGCUGAAAUGGAAUUGAUCGAAGAAGAAAGCACUGAGGACAGAAAAAAGAAAAUGCGAGUGAAGGCAAAAUUACUGAGAGAGAAUCGGGAAGAAGAGAGGCGGAAGAUAGUGGCUGAAAAACAGGAGCAGCAGUUCAGAGAGAAUUGUGAGGAGCUCCGAAUGCAGUGCAGCCAGAAGCACCUGCUGGAGGUGUGCGAAGACCGCUUGGCCCAGCUGGCCUUGAAGGAGGAGCUGAAGAAGCAGAGGGAGCAGGAAGAGGCCGCGUUCGUGGCCCUCUGGGAGGAGGACCGGCUGGCCAAGGAGAGGCGAGCCACGGAGGAGGAACGGAAACGGCUGGAGAGGAAUUCCAACAUGCUGAACAUGCUGAACACCCAGAGGGCGGUGGCAGACGCUCAGAAGCGGGAGGAGAAGCGGCUCAAGGAAGAGGAGGCAAAGUAUAUGGAAGAAGAACGGCAGCUGUUUAAACUGGAGGAUGAGCGUGCUGAGAUCGACAGGCAGCGGAAGCUGAGGGAGUGCGGGGAUAUGCUCUUGACUUCUGCGAGAGAGAAGAUGAAGCGCCUCCAUCAGGCCAGGCAGGAGGAGCUGGCUCUGGACAUGAAGGUCCUGGAUCACGCUCUUCGGCAAUCCCAAGACGACACAGACGAGCAAAAGAGACAGAAAAAAGAGCGCUUAAAAGAGCAACAGAUAUAUCGGGCAUACCUGGCCGAGCAGCUGGAGAAGGAGAAGCGCCUGGAAAAAGAAAUGGAUAAGUUGCGGGAGGAGGAGAUGGCCAGGAUGUGGGCCAGAAGGGCUGAACACGAGAGGCAAGGAAAGGCGGCCCGACAGCGCUUAAUGAAGGAGGUCCUGGAUACAAGACAGCUUCAGAUCCAGGAGAAACUGCAGAGAAAUGCCCAGGAGCAGGAGGCCCUUCGUAAAGACAAGGAAUCGUUAAACGCAGCCGUUCAAGAAUACAACCGUCUAGAAGAGGAGAGAUACGCAAGGCGCUUGCGGCAAACGAAGGAAUAUCGGGAAGAACUCCAAGCUCAGAUAGAUCACGUGAAACAAGCCCGGGAUUUUGAAAAGGAAGAGGAGCGCCGCGAAUACGCCGCGGCACUGGAGGCAGAGAGGCUCUUGCAGCAGAAGAUGGCGGAUGUCCUUUCGAGACCGUACAUGAAGCUGAUAAACCUCCAUCCCCUGCGAAGGCAACUGGCUUGCAGUUCUCAGCCUUCGAACUGAUUUGUUAUUCUUUUAUACCAUUACCUUUAAAACCAUCUAAUGUAAACUUCUCCUGCUUGUUUUGUGAGUACAUUACUUGAUAGCAAGAAAAAAAAAGACAUUUCCUAAAAGGGUCACCUAC